AGCUGGCCACUAGCCACACCAGCGCUCCUGGAGGUCAAGGAGCUGGGCUACCUGCUGUGUCCUCUUCUCCACUGGCUCUCCUCUUCCUCUGCUUCCCUAUUCCUCCUCGUCCUCGUCCUCUAGUAGGUGCCGGCGAAGCGUGCAGUGUGUGACAGGAUGUGUCACCCCCACCCUGGGUGGGGACCUCACCUGUGCCCACUGGGGCUGGGCUCACAAGGAUGGAGUUUGACCCCGCUGCCUCCAGGUACCUGACCCUGGACUUUGAGAGCGCUGUGAGCAGAGGAGCCCCGCCCAAGUGUCCCUCCCCACAUUCCCCCGCAGCUGCCAGGCCCCUGUGCUGCACCACGCUGCCCAGCUUUCCCUGGGUGGGGCAGCCUGUGAGCUGUGCCCCCCGCACGCCGGGGCACUGUCAGAGGCCUGGACCCUCUGACAGUGUCGCUCGAGGGUGAACAGGGUGACACUGAGCCUGCAUCUGAGCUUGGCUGAUGGGGACACACGCUGCAUGGUGGGAUGUGGCUGCUGGCUGCGACCACCCGCUCUGUCCCUCCCUCUGCAGGGCCAGGCCAGCGCUGGGGCAGGACGCCGGGGUCCAGGCACACCGCCCGCUCACGCUCCCCCAUGGUGCCACCCCCCGCUGCCAGCUCUGCCCCUGCAGCAGCGGCGCCGGGCGUUGCUGCUCCUGCCAGGCUGGGGGGCGGGUGGGUGGAAAGCUCAUCCCAGGGUCUGUCGCCGCCCUGAACCCCAUGCCCAUUUAAUCCUUCACCCAUUAACUUGGACUAAUAAACCUCGUGGGAGCGAGAGGCUAAAAGCCGUGCUUGCACCAGCGCCGUCUCUGCCAGUGCCGCUCCUGCUGCCCGCCAUGGCAGGCGGCUUCUUCAUCAGCAAGACCGUGGGCAUCGUGGCCAUCGUGCUGGGCCUGGGGGCUGUGGCCACCAUCAUUGCACUCUCGGUGGUGUACGCCCAGGAAAAGAACAAGGGGACAUCAGAUGUGGGCAGCAACACCACGGCCAGCCCCGACACCAGCACCACCACCCCUGCCCCCAACAACCCCUGGAACCGGUGGAGGUUGCCGACCACGCUGAAGCCGGAGUUCUACGAGGUGUCCCUGCAGCCCUUCCUGAAGCCCGAUGCCAACAACAUGUACAUCUUCAAGGGCAACAGCAGCGUGGUCUUCUUGUGUGAGGAAGCCACCAACCUCAUCCUCAUCCACAGCAAGAAACUGAGCUACACCAUGCAGGGCUCCUUCCAUGCCACCUUGAAGGCAGAGGGUGAUGGCAGUGCCCCUGCCAUCUCCAGCACCUGGCUGGAGAAUACCACGCAGUACCUGGUGGUGCAGCUGGAGGCUCCCCUGCAGCAGGGCCAGCGGUACCGGCUGUCCAGCAACUUCACCGGGGAGCUGGCCGAUGACCUGGCUGGCUUCUAUCGCAGCGAAUACACGGACGAGUCAGGCAUCAAGCAGGUGGUGGCCACCACGCAGAUGCAGGCGGCUGAUGCACGCAAAGCUUUCCCCUGCUUCGACGAGCCAGCCAUGAAAGCCAACUUCUCAGUGACACUGAUCCACCCCUCCGGCUACAAGGCCAUUUCCAACAUGCCUGCCAAAAACACCAGCGAGCUGGAGAUUGAUGGAGAAAUCUGGAAUGUCACUGAGUUUUACACCACUCCCCGGAUGUCCACGUACCUUCUGGCAUUCAUUGUCAGCCAGUUCACCUCCGUGGACAACAGCUCGGAGGGAACACUGAUUCGCAUCUGGGGCCGCCCCAAAGCCAUCGAUGAGGGCCAGGGUGACUACGCACUCAAUGUCACUGGCCCCAUCCUCAGCUUCUUUGAGAAGCAUUACAACACGGCCUACCCGCUCCCGAAGUCCGACCAGGUUGGCCUCCCCGAUUUCAAUGCGGGCGCGAUGGAGAACUGGGGGCUGGUGACCUACCGGGAGAACUCGCUGCUCUUUGAUGCUAACUACUCCUCCAUCGGCAACAAGGAGCGGGUGGUGACCGUCAUCGCCCACGAGCUGGCACACCAGUGGUUUGGGAAUUUGGUGACGCUGCGGUGGUGGAACGACCUGUGGCUGAACGAGGGCUUCGCCUCGUACGUGGAGUACCUGGGUGCUGACUCUGCUGAGCCCGACUGGAACAUUAAAGACCUGAUGGUGCUGAACGAGCUGCAUACGGUGAUGGCCACAGACGCCCUGGCCAGCUCCCACCCGCUCUCCUUCCGCGAGGACGAGAUCAACACCCCAGCCCAGAUCAGUGAAGUCUUCGACACCAUCGCCUACAGCAAGGGAGCAUCGGUGCUGCGGAUGCUCUCAAGCUUCCUUAGUGAGGACAUCUUCAAGGAGGGGCUGCAGUCCUACCUCCACACCUUCUCCUACAGCAACACCAUCUACACUGACCUCUGGGUCCAUCUGCAACAGGCGGUGGACAAGAACGGAGUCCAGCUGCCUGACACUAUCAGCAACAUCAUGGACCGCUGGACGCUGCAGAUGGGCUUCCCUCUGGUGACUGUUGACACCCGCAGCGGCACCAUCAGCCAGGCCCAUUUUCUGCUGGACCCCACAUCUCCUGUGGACAGACCCUCUGUUUUCAACUACACCUGGAUUGUCCCCAUCACCUGGAUGACAGGCAGUGGCCGGGGGAACAGCACCUACUGGCUGACCCAAGUCACAGCCACCAACGGCAACUUCAGCCUCAACACCCCUGACUGGCUCCUGCUGAACCUCAAUGUCACUGGGUACUUCCGUGUCAAUUACAACCAGGAGAACUGGGAUCAGCUCCUCAAGCAGCUUGACACUAACCACACGGUCUUCCCUCUGAUCAACCGUGCCCAGAUCAUUGACGACGCCUUUAACCUGGCCAGGGCCAAGUACGUCAAUGUGACCUUGGCUCUGGACACGACACGGUUCCUGAGCCAGGAGACGGAAUACAUGCCCUGGCAGGCAGCACUCACCAACCUCAAGUACUUCAAGCAGAUGUUUGACCGCAGCGAGGUCUUUGGGGCCAUGUCGAAAUACAUAAAGAAGCAGGUGACUCCUCUCUUCGAGCACUACCAGAAGCUCACCAAUAACUGGACGGAUAUCUUCAGUGACUACCCACUGAUGGUCCAGUACAACGAGGCCAAUGCCAUCAGCACCGCCUGCUCCUUCGGUGUCACUGCUUGCCAGAAUUUGGCCAUUGACUACUUGCGCCAGUGGCAGAAUAGCACCACCAACCCGGUCCCCGCGAACCUGCGCUCAGCCAUCUACUGCAGCAUGGUGGCCACGGGCGGGGAGGAUGCCUGGGAUUUCCUCUGGCAGAAGUUCAGGGAGGCCCAUGUGGUGUCUGAGGCUGACAAGCUCCGCACGGCCCUCUCCUGCAGCCCGCACCCCUGGAUCCUCAACCGGUACCUGCAGUACACGCUCGACCCUACAAAGAUCCGGAAGCAGGAUGCCACCUCCACCAUCAACAGCAUUGCCAGCAACGUCGUGGGGCAGCCCCUGGCCUGGGACUUCAUCCGAGGCAACUGGAGGACGCUCUUCACCCAGUACGGGGGCGGCUCCUUCUCCUUCUCCCGCCUGAUUUUAUCUGUGACCCAGCGCUUCUCCUCAGAGUUUGAGCUGCAACAGCUGGAGCAGUUCAAGAAGGACAACGAGGACAUCGGGUUUGGGUCGGGGACGCGGGCGCUGGAGCAGGCGCUGGAGCAGACCCGCGCUAACAUCAAGUGGGUGGAGGAGAACCGGGCCACGGUGCUGGCCUGGUUUGAGAAUGAGACCAAGAGCGGAUAACAGGCGCCUCCUGCGCUUCCCCGGCCACCGGCACGGAGCCGCGGCCGCGGCAGAGCCCCUGCACCCCCCGCCCUGCCAGGGAGGGGCUGACGCCUGCAUGAUGGGCACUGGGGACUCGGGGGCUUGGCAGGGGGAGGGCGGGCCGGUGCGCUCGGGGGUGUAAAUAAAUGCCUGGUUUCCAGGGCCACCCUGCGGGCCGGGCCGUGCUGUGGGGACUCUGACAGACUGGGUGGGGAGCGCCAGGGGCCGGGCAGGCCCGGGGCUGGGAGCCCCCGGCUGUUAGGAGCCUGGUGCUAAGUGGCUCUGGGGGCUUCGCUGACGCCAGCCCCCAGCCCCUCUGUCUGACAGCUGCGUGUGAGCUCUCCUGCUGGGCCCUGCUCAGGGGGCUGGCACCAGGACCCCUCUGCCCGCGCUGCCCUGGGCAGGUGCUGCAGGCUCGGGCAGGGCUAGGCUGUGACAGGUAGCAGGGACUGUCCCUGAGGGGCCUGCAGGGACGGAGCUGCCUUUGGGCUCAGGGAAGGGAGGGGACCCCAGGCAGGUGGGAGCUGCGGGCCAGUGGGGCUGGGGACAGCCUCGGCGGUGAGUCCCUCUGCCACCUCAGCCCUGGGACACGUCUGGGCUGGCAGUGGGCACCGAGCUGCCGGCCCGGGGCAGCACCUGGCAGUGUGUGUGGCGUGCCAGGCUGAAGGGUGCUCCCAGCCCACCCUGUGCUGGGGUGCAGGUCCCGCAGUCAGGAAUGGGGGAGCAGCUCUGCAGGGCAGCUUUAGUGAGGGUCCUGGUGUCUGUCCCAUCCUGUGCAGCUUUGUGUCAUGGCUGUGCCACCAACCCAUGGCCAUCCCACUGCCCCACUGCCAUGCCACCGUGCCUGUGUGGGCUCUGUGUCCAGGGGUGCAGGCAGCUCCAGCCCCACAGCUGCUGGGGUGCAGCUGGGCAGGAGAGGCAGCAGCAGGAGCUGCGAGGGUGAGCCUGGCUGGGGCCCAGGGGCUGCUGAGCCAUGUGGGCUGAGCUGUGUGAAGUGAGUGGCUGUGGGACACCCCACCCUGCAGCCCCUGCCACCCACCCCACGAGGACCAUCCUCCACCCCAGCCCAGGGACUGCAGGGGCUGGGCCGGGGAGGGUCUUUGGGUGCCUGGUGAUGUGUGGGCAGCUGGCACCCAGGUGCAGGGAUCCUGUGCUGCCUGUGGCCAUCAGUCCUGCCCUGGAGGCUCCCAGCAGCAGCAGGAAGGUGCCCUAUUAGCCGUGGCUGUGGCACGUCUGUGGGGAGGCUCCAGGGCAGUGUGGCUGGGAAUCCUCUGGAGCUCCGGGAGGAUCUGGGGUGUAGGGGAUGACCCCA